UGAAUUAUUAGGACGAGGUAGCCAGAGAAAGCAAAAACGAGGAAGGGCCUUCCAAACGCUUUGUACUUGUAUAUAUGCGUCUUUCCAGCUGGUCCUAGAAUACUUUCUUGGGGAAGCACAGGACAAGGCCAGGCAUCUCAAGCUUGGUACCAACCUGGCCAUUCUCAAAAGAGGAUUUGGAGGAGAUCAUCCAGACUAUCAGAGAGAGAGAGAGAGUGUGUGUGUGAGAGAGCAGGUAUUCAGGCUUCUGUAUCAGAGAGAGGAGAGAGACAUAGCAGAUCUGUGCUGCUGUGUUUGGGAAGAAGGAGCUAGCGAGAUGGGGAGAGGGAAGAUAGAGAUCAAGAGGAUCGACAACGCGACGAGCAGGCAGGUGACGUUCUCGAAGCGCCGGAGCGGGCUGUUCAAGAAGGCCAAAGAGCUCGCCAUCCUUUGCGAUGCCGAGGUCGGCCUCGUCGUCUUCUCCAGCACCGGUCGCCUGUAUGACUUCGCUAGCACCAGCAUGAAAUCUGUGAUUGAAAGAUACAGCGAGGCAAGAGAGGAGCACCAUCAGACUAUGAGCGCAAGUGCUGAGGCCAAGCUCUGGCAAAGGGAGGCAGGAAGCUUGAGGCAGCAACUGCAUAACUUGCAAGAGCACCAUCGACAGUUGUUGGGUCAGCAGCUUUCUGGCCUGGACGUGAGAGAUUUGCAGAAUUUAGAGAAUAAGCUGGAGAUGAGCCUAAGAAAUAUUCGUCUGAAGAAGGACCAACUUAUUUUUGAUCAGAUUCAAGAAUUAAGCAAGAAGGGAAGCCUCAUGCACCAGGACAACAUAGAACUAUACAACAAAGUCAACCUUCUUCAUCAAGAGAAUAUUGAAUUACGGAAAAAGGUGUAUGGACAAGGAGUAAAUGAGCAUCCAACAAGUACUACAGUUAGACAUAGUAUUCUGAAUACAGAGAAUGAAGAUGUUCCGAUCAAUCUUGAGCUGAGUAUGCAAAGGGACAGGUCAGAAACACCAAGUAUAGGGUGAGAUUUUUGUCCAAACUUCAGGACAAUUCAGAGUCAGUCAACAAGAUGAUUUAAGAAAGAUCACUGAAAGUGCCAUAGGACUUCAAAUGCAGUGAGGAUAACUAACUAAGAGAACAGAAAUCAAUACUGUUGGUUGAAUUGCAAGACCUAACAGCUAAACUUUAAGCUGCUAGAUGCAAUAGUUUCUGUAUGAAGAGGAAUGUUGAUUUGAAUUUAGCUUUUCAUAUAAGCUUGCCGUGUAUGUAUUGUAAAUUGUACUCUGAAUUAUAAGUUGUCUUGGCUUUUCUAGGUACAUAGCUUUUGCUAUUCACCUAGAUAUACACUAUCUCUUGAUCCAAAACAACUUAUAAUUUGGAACAGACGGAGUAACUUCAAAAGAUGGUAACAAGUUACACAUUGGAUGAUCUUCUACCAUUCGAACUUAAUAGAAAACAAUUCCUUUGAACUCAAAUGAAAACGUAUAUAAUAGAGAAUAGUACAGAGGAUUUAGUAAAAUGAUGACUUUAAACUUCAAACCAGAGCAAACCAAUGUCACUGUCCUAUAACAAAAUAGAUACAUCCAAAUGUGCAGUAGGUCUCAAAACUGAGCUAUUGCACAAACAAAAUGCCUUGUACUCUAAGCACGAGACCUGCUUAGGUGG